AUGUCGCAUUUCGCACCGAACCCUCCAACAAUCUCGAUCGGUAUUCUUCACCGACAAUUCUUCGACAAGAUGGGCAAGCAGCAAAAAGGAAACCUUUCUUUGAGCGCAUUGAUUGACUCUGACGACAGCGACGUCGCACCAGCACCAGCACCUAUGACUAAGGCUUCGGUGAAAGGAACGGCGACGAAGAAAGCGGGCGGGAAGGUUCAGAAAGCCACUAGGAAACAAGCAGCGGACUCCGACGAAGACGAACUCGAAUACUUACACGCCUCCGCACCAAGACCCAAGACCAAACUCCUAAAGCCCACGAACAAGCUUAACACCGUCGCAGAAGACGACUCCGAACCCGAAGCGCAGAAGGCGAAGAUGAAGAAGGGAAAGAGCGCCAGCGCCAGCGCCGCGGACGCGACGGAUUAUUCUAUUGCGCCCAUGCCGACGAAGAUAGUCGCGAAGAAGAAGGCGCAGGAGAUUCCGGAGACGCAGGUUGUCAAUGGAGAUGAUUCGAUGAUGGAUAUCGAUGAGGAUGAGGAAGAGGAGGAGCCGACACCCGCGAAACUGAAGGUACGGGGAGGCGCGAAGAGCACGGAUUCGGCGGCGUUGCAGCGACAGUUGAAUGAGAUGACGAGGCGAUUCGCAGCGAUGGAGACAAAGUACAACAAAGUCAAAGAACAACGAUCAUCCGAUGCACGAGAUGCCGAAUCGAACUUUGCUGCGUACAAGAAGUCUGCCGAUGCAAGGUUUAAGGAAGCUGACAACCUGAUUGCGAUGCUGCAGGAGGAGGUUGCGGAGACUUCGAAGGUCGCGGAGGAGGCAAAGAAAGCACGGAAAGCAUCGAAGAAGGAGCAGGAGGAGAUCGAGGCGCUGCAGGAGCGUGUGGAGGAACUUGAGGAGGAACUGGAGAAGUCGCAGAAUCAGAUCGGGCUUCUGAAUGCUAAGAUCCUGGCGAGGUCGUCGUCUAGCGCUGGGCACUAUGAGUUGAAGGAGGAUAUCUACGCUGAUUUGUCUGGUGUCCUCAUUCGCUCUAUCGCGCCUUCACCUGAUGGUUCUGGCUCCGUCUUUGAUAUCAUUCAGACUGGGAGGAAUGGUACCCUGCACUACAAGCUCGCGCUGGAUCACAUCGCCAACCCGAGCAAUGCGCAGUUCACUUACACUCCUCUGCUGGAUGCGGAGCGGGAUAAGAAGUUGGUGGAGGUCUUGCCGGAGUACUUGACCGAUACCAUCAUGUUCGCGAGGGAGCAGGCAAGCAUGUUCUUCUGGCGAUUGACGAAUUUCAUGCAGAAAAACGUGGACUAG